AUGAAGAAUCACAGCAGCAGUUCCCGUCUAAACAAUCACAGCGCGAGUCACGGCACAGAUCGGAACAGCAGGAGAGGAUUCUGGUUGUCGGCUCUCAGGCUUCGCUUCUCCCUGCGCGAUUAUGCUUUCUGCAUGGCCACACUGCUGCUCUUCUGCCUCGGCUCGCUCUUUUACCAGCUGAACGGAGGACCCCCUAAAGUUCUGCUGGAGAUCAGGCAGUAUCUCGUGGUAAUGAGCAUCUGGCACUGGCAACUUACUGUAAGACCCCCUAGUGAUGAUGUCAUUUCUUUUGGCAUGGGGAACUGGCACAGUAAACAUCCCCUGUCUGUGGAUCAGUCAGAUGAUGAGCAGGAGGACUCUGUGAAAUUCAAAAGGCUUCACAAGCUGGUGAACUCCACUCGACGUGUUCGCAAGAAACUCAUCAAAGUGGAUGACAAUUCACUCAGUCUGGAUGCAGCUCCUAUAUGCGAUGAUAUAAACGCACUAUAUGCAGAAAUCCACAAGAAGCCGGCCAAGUGUACAGACUCCUCUUUGUCCUCACUUGCCCAAGAGCAGCUCUCUCUGGACGGGGACACGGACAGCCUGAACACCUCGCCCUCCACCAGCAGCCUUGACACCUGGAAACCUGCUCACAAAUUAGUCAGCUCCAGCACACAUCCCCACGGCCUGAUCCGGCCAGCACGCAAGAGCAGUGCCGGGUCUGGGCUGGGUGUAGCGGGGGGCAGUGGCUCCUCGUUUUCAGAAUUGGACGGUUUGGGAGACGACAAUGCUAAAGUCUCCCGCUCGGCUACAGACGAGGAGAUGCGGAAGGCCUUGUCAUCUCUAUCUCAUGGGAGAACAUGUAGCUUUGGAGGAUUUGACCUGUCUAAUCGUUCCCUCCAUGUGGUCAACACAGCAGAGCCUAGCGAGCAGGAGGCUCUGUACAGGGAUGGCGUGAAGUCUCCCACCACGUCCCGUAUCUCCAUAGGGAAGAAAGUCAAGUCUGUCAAAGAGACUAUGAGGAAACGCAUGUCCAAGAAAUAUGUCGGGUCUCUCUCUGAACAGUCCAGUCCAGAUGGGACUCCCAGUUGUCCUCAGUCUCCUCAACCAGACACGGAUUCCCUUGAGAAGCCCAAGCUCAAGGCCGGAGGGUCUGUGGAGAGUCUGCGUAGCUCCCUUAGUGGCCAAAGCUCAAUGAGUGGGCAGACGGUGAGCACCACAGACUCAUCAGCCAGUAACAGAGAGAGUGUGAGGAGUGAGGAUGGUGAUGAUGAAGAGCCUCCAUACAGAGGCCCGUUCUGUGGCAGAGCAAGAGUUCACACUGACUUCACACCCAGUCCAUAUGAUACAGACUCUCUCAAGCUCAAGAGAGGAGAUGUGAUUGACAUCAUCAGUAAGCCGCCUAUGGGCACGUGGAUGGGUCUGCUCAAUAACAAAGUGGGCACGUUUAAGUUCAUCUAUGUGGAUGUGCUGGCAGAGGAAGAGGAGAAGCAACGAGCUGUUCGCAGGAGGAAGAAGGGCCGACCACCCAAACCCAGCUCAGUCGAGGAGCUUCUGGAGAGAAUCAACCUGAAGGAGCACAUGCCAACAUUUCUGUUUAAUGGGUAUGAAGAUCUGGACACGUUUAAGUUACUAGAGGAAGAAGAUCUGGAUGAGCUCAACAUCAAAGACCCACAACACCGAGCCGUACUGAUGACAGCUGUAGAACUGCUGCAGGAUUAUGACAGCAGCAGUGAUCCGGAGCGCAGCGCUCUUUCUGGCUCUCAGGAGAAGCUCCUCUGUGAGGGCCGUGGCCUCAUGGCUGACUCUCCACGGGACUCUGGUUGCUACGAAAGCAAUGAAAACCUAGAGAAUGGUAAGAGCCGAAAGGCAUUGCGCCACAGCCGUGGAUCAUCGGGGUUUGAUUGCGGGGAUGUAAAGUCUCCAGAUUAUCCCACUCUUCCCAUGACUUGCUCCACUGAAGCUCUUCAACAGCAGGCCAAGAAGGAGCGCAAGUUCCCGAAGACCUUUCUGCCCCGACCCAUGAAGGGCUUCAGUCUGCGAAACCUUGGCCUCAAGAAGGGCUCAGCAGCAGGUCAAACCUGCCGGAUUCCUGUCAGCAGAAGCUGUGAGGAGCUGGACAGUCCCCAGGAGACCCUUGACUCUUGGAAGCGCUCUCAUUCUCUGGGGGAUAUCCACUGGGAGCAGGCCUUCGAUCAAAGGAAGGACCAGCAGGGCAGUGAAGAUAGAGGCAGGCUUGAGAGCAGCACAAAAGAAAAGAAAGCAGAUCUUGUAGACUCCAAACAGGAUGAGAAGACCAAUAUGGCUAAAAGGCAGACUGGCUCCUUGCAGAGGCCUACGGUUCCCACACAGCUUCCUGUGAGUCCGGUCAGUUCAUUGCCUGCUUCUCAGAGCUUAGUCCGUCAACCUGUCUCUGCUCCGACAAGCCCAGCUCCAAGGACUCACCCUAAAAAGCCGCCCAUCCCACCUCCUGUGCCUGCUAAAAAGUCCAAAGAACGUUUGCCGAAUGGUCUGCGACACCCUCCGCUGGUGCUGUCCGGUUCAGUGCCAAACACUCCAACCCUUCCCCCAAAGCCCAUAUACUCCCCGACCACCCCCUCUCCCUCUGAGAGUACCCCAUCAACCCCAGCAUCACUAGGUGAAUCUGCAGCACCUCUGAGCCCACCGUGGCUGUCUGACCUGCCUGAAUCAGCAUGUCCUCAAAUCCAUGGAGCUAAAGUCGCUCUCAGCAGGAAGAUCUCCCAUGCCAAGAUGCUUGACCUAGAGACUUUGCUGGAAGACAGGAUGCACUCUGAAGGGAUCGACCUCACAGAGGAGCCUUACUCUGAUAAACACGGCCGGUGUGGUAUUCCUCAGCUCUUAGUACAGAGGUACUCAGAGGACUUCCAGCAGCCAGCGAAGGACGUGGCGUCCAGUCUGGAUCAAAUCAGAGUUAAACAACUCCGCAAGGAGCACCGCAUGGCUAUUCCCUCAGGAGGUUUGACUGACAUGUGUCGGAAGCCAGUGUCUCCGGUUCAUUUGAGCUCAGUUUCUGAUUGGCUCGUGUCCAUCGGAAUGCCUAUGUAUUCUGCGCCUCUAUUGGCUGCUGGCUUUGACACGUUGAGUCGUGUGUCUUCUUUAAAUGAGGCGCAAGCGAGAGAUGCAGGCCUGAAGAAGGAACAUCACAUACGAAUUCUUCUCAGUGAAGCUCAACUAGUCUCAGCCACCAGCUCAGGACAGUCAUAAUACUGAUACGAGCGCUUAUAAACUUGAGGAAACGGAUCAAAGUAACUGACCUGAACGACUGCCGAAUUUUUUCCACACCAGUUUUUUGGCAUUUUUGGAAAUCUGGCUUCCAAGGACUGUUAUCGUGGGCCGAUUAACAGAUGAUCUAGUUUUGGCCUGAAAGGACCGCCUGUCGAAUGAAAGCACACCUUUUUUCUGGAGAUUUUAUGCUUUUGUAUGAAUUUAAAGACUGUACCCCACUCUUGCUUUUUCAGAAAGUGAGAGUUUUAUUUAGAAAAAUUUAAGUACAAAUGUUAAGUGCUUUAUGAAGCACAUCAAGAGUAAGUCAUCUGGCCAAAGCAAUGUCGUUUCAUGCAGGUUUUGUUGAUAUAAACUUUUUUCUCUCUCUCAAAGCUUAAGAUUAUGUAUAUGAAAAGAUAAGUGUCGAGUCAAAUUCCCCCAAAAAACACGAUGUUGCCAUGUUGGGGAUAUUCAGAGCGAUGCACAUUAUUUUGAUUUCAGGCCAAUAGUUGGUCAAGGGUUUCGUGUUUGUGUUUGAACAAGCAUUCGUCAUGGUUACUCCUUAUAUUCCGCUUAAUAUGAUACUGUAUAUUCACAGCACAUUUAACCUUCCCAGUCUUCUAAUCACACAAUAUUCAACAUAUCAGCGUUUGUUACCGUAUCGAUUUAUGUUGCCUGUUAUCUUGAAAGCUAUACUCAUGCAUAUUGUGUACCUCUUAUCAUAUUCAUCUCUGAUGCGAAUGAUGCAUCACACAGCUGUAAUAUUCUUGCUGGAGUGUACAUUUUUGUUAGUUUAUUUUGUUUAUUUUCCAUUCGCCCCAGAUUGCCUUGCACUUUGACUGGGGUGUUGAAGAUAUUUUAAAUCUUGAAGAAAAGAACAACAAAAAAAAAAGGCCUCGAGCUCUUGAAAAGCACACAGUCUUAGCCUUAAAAUACAAGUCAAUCAAAUCUGAUCAUGACUAACUUAGACGAGUGUGGCUUCAGCCAUCAUUCAAAGGUGUCCAAAAUUGGGAUGCAGUGUUUAUUUGUUAGAUUUUAUAAAUGAAAGUCAGUCGCGUAUUGUUUUGGUAUGUGAGAAGUAAUGAUGAUUUAAGUCCAAGAGUGAUUCUUCCACUAGAUCUAUUUUUGUCUUUCUUUUUUUGUUAUUUAACACAUUGAUGUGUGUGUUUCAGGGAGACUAUUGUGUUAUACGGUAACUAAGGAUGGAUAUAACACAAAUUUUCACACAUCUGGUGUUCGGUAGAGGAUAUUCUCUCAUCAAACACAGUCAGAAUCUGGCAGACUCGUUUCUAAACCAAUACUACAAUGUUAGCUGACGUCUGUUAGUGACGUCAUUUAGGCAUUAGUAUGAUGUCACAGAUUUAGGACAUCAUUUUAAAUUAAGCACAAUGAAGCAAGAUUGUUUUUGACUGAGAAAAAAACACUUACACUACCUGACAAAAGUCUUGUCGUCGAUCACAGUUGUAAGAGCAACAAAUAAUAGCUUGACUUCUAGUUGAUCAUUUGGAAAAGUAGAUUUUUCAGAUGAAUCUGUUGAACUGGAACCCACAUGGACCCAAGAUUCUCAUAGAAAUCAGUCAAGUUUGGUAAGGGAAAAAUCUUGGUUUGGGGUUACAUUCAGCAUGAAGGCAUGCGAGAGAUCUGCAGAAUGGAUGGCAACAGCCUGUACUGUAUCAAGACAUUUGUUCUGCCCAUUACAUUGCAAACCACAGGAGAGUGCCAAUUCUUCAGCAAGAUAGCGCUCCUUCUCAUACUUCAGCCUCCACAUCAAAGUUCCUGAAACAAAGAAGGUCAAGGUGCCCCAGGAUUGGCCAGCCCAGUCACCAGAUCUGAACAUUAUUGAGCAUGUCUGGGUAAGAUGGAGGAGGCAUUGAAGAUAAAUUCAAAGAAUUUUGAUGAACGCUUUCUUUGCCAUUUUAGAUGGCUCUAUUAAUAAAUUAUUAGAGUCAUUGCAGAGAUGUAUUGAUGCAGUCCUCCACUCUCAUGGGAGUCAUACACAAUAUUAAUUAUUUUUCCACAACACCAUGACUUUAUAUUCUAUACUGUACAUUAUUUGUGUUAAGUGACAAGACUUUUGUCUAAGCAAAGUCAGACCUUACUGUCCUAAUUAAAUAAUUAAAAAUCAAGGCAUAAUCAUAUUUUAUUUUGGUAAAAUAAGCACAAUCUAGAGGCCUUUGCCCUUUAUAUAAGCCACUUCUGAUACCAAAUGAUCAACUAGAAGACAAGUUAUUAUUUGUUGUUCCUAAAACUUGGAUAGACGACAAGACUUUUGUUAGGUAGUGUAGAUGCUUCUAAACAUCUUCUAGUUUUCCAAUUACAGAAAGACACUCGUCAUGCUUCCCCAAGGCCUUGCGAUUUAUAUCAAGUGCUGUCUUUUUGAAUGCUACCUUUAGAAUUGUAUUUCUCCCCAUGCCAUUUAGUCUUUUGUAUCUAACGCAGCACAAUUUAUAGACUGUAACUCUGGAGAUUUUAAAAAGCAGUAGAGAAUCGAUGGAUUCCUUUAUAUCAGAACGGAUGCCUUCAAAACUGCUUGAGUGCUUUGAUAACAAUGAGGCUUUUAUGUAUUUAAAAUUGAAAAUAUAUUUCAUGAUGUUACUGUAAAAAUGCACUUUAUUAAAGAAUGAACGUUUUUUAACUCCAUUGUGGAGAAAAUGAGAUUACAAAUUGACACAUUUACAGUUUUCUUUUGUUUUCAGGUGAAAUGUGGAUGGUUGGAGCGGGCUGUUUAAAUAUCGAAUCUCUGUUUAAAACUAUAAUCACGUCUUAAUUCAUUACAGAACUAACCAUGUCCGGUUAAUUAUUUCCAUUUAAAUGACAUCAAACCGGGUCUUGAUUACAUAUAUGAAAUGAUUAACCGAGGUUGCACAUUCUGUAUAUGUAAUUGAUAUUUAAAUAACUUAUUUUUGAUUUUUGCUUUUGCAUCAAAUGUAAUUAUUAGCUGUACUAUACAUCAUAGAGCAAUACUCUUUCACCUGUAGUUAGCGGUAGUGACAUGCUCCAGUGACCAUUGUAAAAUAUAUGUAUAAAAAUGAUUUUAUCUGGUUCGCUAAUGAUUGUCUAUAAAGUUUUGCUUGUGUAUUUACAAACAAAAAAAUGUCUUAAAAUAUUUGUCCAUUUGAGGUGAAAUAAAGAAGAAUAUCCUACA